AUGAGAGGCUCUUCUCCAGAACCCCCCAUCGCAGACGAUGCUGACUUCAUUAUUCACACUUGCGGAUGUUCGCGCCGCAAGGCAGCUUCGGCUCUGAAGUUACACAAGGGCAACAGGGAUGCCGCCGUGAAGAGCCUGCAAGACUCAGUCCAUAUUACUUCGCCUUUGAGUAGCGCCUUACCUAUGGUCAAACAAUCUCCAAAUCCCACCGAAUCCCCCACAUGCCCAAGCGAGAUCAUAUCUCGAAAAGCCUCGCCGUUAACUCCUGGCCGAAUUGCCGGCUCCGAGAAGCUACAUGAUUCUCCCAAGCCACUAAUACUAGCACCGGGAAGGCACGAAGGACUCUCCACAUUAGUGAAGAUACCGGACACGUCUACACAGGCUGGGUCAUUUGCCGAAUUAUCAUCCCGAAAGCUUUACCACAAGCCGGCUGAAGAGCCUGGGAUUGCAAUCCGGGAUGGGAAGUGGGAUUUUGAGUUACCCAGCGUGGAAAUUCCAGCCGGCCAGCCUCACUUUUCCCUCGACGAGGGAACGAGGUUACCUUUUUCUUCAGUGCGACUCAUAUCUUCUCUUGGUCGGACAUGCCAAGGAGUCAACAUUUACCAAUAUCUAUCAUACUUCGACGAUUGGGUUGUCAGUCGCGACCUAGGCACCGACAUCUACGGAGUCCCUUCAAUAUUCUACGCAGCUGCCACGAAUGAUGUUCAUGCCGUUCGUGCAUGGGCGUCAUAUGGAGCAGACGUCAAUGCAUCUGAACGGAAGACUAGGAUUCCUCUCCUGGCAUUUGUCAUCCUUAGAACACAGGCCACGAACCAAGAUAGCACCUCGAUGCUGAUGACCCUGCUUAGCCUAGGAGCUGACGCCUCAUUGAUUCCCAGAGUCUUGUAUUCACCCUGCCUUGAAGAUCCCGUGGAGAGGCUACCUCUUGAUGAACGGUAUCCCGGGUUCAACGAGCCAAAGACAUCUUGGUGCAAGGACGUUGUUGCAGAGCAGAUGGCUCGCGCCAUAAAUUUGAGCCAACGGUACUUUCUCGAGAAGGUCGCGCAGGCCAAAGCUCCGUCUGGUCGGCAAUCACAAGUCACUAGGGUCCACAACGCCACAGCGCUCCUGGGAGUUUCCAAUUUCUUGAUCGGCCAGUCGUCGGCAACGCAAACUGUUUCAGAUGUGCUGAUAUCGCACUUGGCUCUUCCCAGAUCCAAACCCUUGGUCAUGGCGUUCACAGGUCCAUCCGGGCAUGGAAAGACGGAGUUAGCCAAGCGGAUGGGCGAGCUUCUGAACCUCGACAUCCAAUGCAUCGACUGCACGGAGAUGAAGCAUGAAACUGAUCUUUUUGGACCUAAAAAGCCGUACAUUGGUCAUGAGCUAGGAUCACCUUUGAAUAACUUCUUAGCUCGGAAUAGUGGCAAGCGCUCUGUUGUGUUUCUCGAUGAGUUUGAGAAGACCACACGAGAGGUCCAAAACGCGCUUUUAGUACUAUUCUCUGAAGGCCAGUAUUCUGACCGGAGAAACCGCCAGCCUGUCGAUGCUUCUCAGAUAAUUUGGAUCUUUGCUACGAAUGCAGCGGAUGAAAUCAUCCUCGACUUUUUCGAAAUUCAUAAGCACGAGCUGGUCGAUGAAGACCAUGUCCGCCGGUCUGAACUGACGUUGAAUCUCACAUCGUCUAUCAAGAAACAGCUGAAAUCCACCUUUGGGAACCCAUUGUCAGGCCGCAUAUCCGUUGUUGUGCCGUUUCUACCAUUCUCGCUCGUCGAGGCUGCCGUGGUCGCCCACAAAUUCGUUCUCGAGCUCAAGAGACAAGUAUUGCAGUCCGUCAAGGUCUCCGGCAAGAGGCUCGUUGGGCACAUCGUACUCGAGUUACGUGGAGAUGGUGCGAUCUGCAAGGCAAUAGCGAAAGAAGGUUAUGACUGCGAUCAAGGAGCGAGAUCUCUUCAGUCUUCAGUCGAAACCAGAAUUGGAGACUCUCUGGUACGAACGUACCUGGAAGAGGAAGAACAGAUCGAUGAUUCGUCGCCUAUUAUUAGAUAUAUAGUGUCUCUGACACGACACGGAAACAUCGUGGUUCGCAAGAGUAUGGGACCUAUAGAAGAGGGGCCAAAGCAAGGAAAAGAGAAACAGAAUAGAGAGGAGUUAAAGGCUGAGAAGGAACAAGAAGAUCAGGAAAAGCAGAAAAGGUCAUCGGAACAAGAUCAAAUUUCGGAUAUCGAAAACCGGGACUUUCCCAUGCUGAAUCUUCUUUGGCAUAUUAAGAAGACCAAAUGA